ACGCGCUGACGCGCGCGGCCGGGCGGGGCGGGCGGUCACGUGGGGCGGCCGCCGCCGUUGCCGCCGUUGCCGGUGCCGCGCGCGCGCUUCCCCCCCUCCCCCCGGCGGCUCCCCCCCCCGUUGCGUUCUCCCCCCCCCCCCUCAGCGCCAGCCUCCCCCCCCCCCCACAGCCUCCCCCUCACAGCCUCCCGCCCUUCCUCCUCCUCCUCCUCCUCCUCCUCGCCGCCUGCCUCCGCCGCCGCCGCAGCCGCCGCCCUUGAUGUGGUGCGGGGCCGGCCGGGGGACAAGAUGCCGCCGUCCAAGUCCCGCAAGAUCGCGAUCCUGGGCUACCGGAGCGUGGGAAAAUCUUCACUGACGAUUCAGUUUGUGGAAGGGCAGUUCGUUGAUUCAUAUGAUCCAACCAUAGAGAACACUUUUACAAAAUUGAUCACAGUAAAUGGCCAAGAAUAUCAUCUUCAGCUGGUUGACACUGCUGGCCAAGAUGAAUACUCCAUAUUUCCUCAGACGUACUCCAUAGACAUCAACGGCUACAUUCUUGUUUAUUCAGUCACGUCAAUAAAAAGUUUUGAAGUGAUAAAAGUUAUCCAUGGCAAGUUAUUGGAUAUGGUGGGAAAAGUCCAAAUACCCAUUAUGCUGGUUGGAAAUAAAAAAGACCUGCAUAUGGAACGGGUGAUCAGCUAUGAAGAAGGGAAAGCUUUAGCAGAAUCCUGGAAUGCAGCUUUCUUGGAAUCUUCUGCUAAAGAAAAUCAGACUGCCGUUGAUGUUUUUAAGAGGAUAAUUUUGGAGGCAGAAAAAAUUGAUGGGGCAGCUUCACAAGGGAAGUCUUCGUGCUCAGUAAUGUAAUUCCACUGCAAAAUCUGAAAACACUGGGAAUACAUUCUACCUGAAGAAGCAAAACUGCCCGUUAUCUUUAAGGAUAAACUAUGCUUCUUUUUUUUUAAUUUUAUUUUUAUUUUUUUCUUCUGUUAACCUGAAAGAUAAACAGUUGGUUUGGAGCCUUUCCCUUCAGAUUAUGUUAAACUCUGACUCCUGUGCAAAUGGCUUCACUUCCAUUUUCAAAUUUUAAGCAAUCAUAUUUUCAAUUUAUAUAUUGUAUUUCUUAAUAUUAUGACCAAGAAUUUUACUGGCAUUAAUUUUUCAGUGUAGUUUGUUGGUUAGAAUAAUCAUCAAAAAUGAUGCAUAUUGUUACACUACUAUUAACUAGGCUUGGAUAUCAGUGUUUCUUUGUGUUAAAUGUAUACUUGUAAAUAAAAUAGCUGCAAACCUUAA